UCUUGGCUUCAUCUCCCCCCCCCCAUUAUCCUCACAACUUAAAACACCGCCAAGGGGGGAAAAGAAAUAGGAGAAAUCUUCUCUCUUUUCUUGGUCUCACCUGCCAGAAAUCUUGAAUCUUGAAAAGAAGAAACGCAAAAGGCAUAAGAAUCUCUCAAAUGGGUGUCGAUGAUUCUUGCAAUAACGCAGGCCUUGUUCUUGGGUUAGGCCUCACGCCAACGAACAGUAAUUACAAUCAUGCCAUCAAGAGAUCGUCCCCCAACGUGGUCGAUCGGCAGAGCCUGGAUCCGUCGUUGACUCUGAGUCUCUCGGGGGGAGGAGCCGUUGCCGGCGGCGGAGAUUAUCAGCUGUGCCGGCAAGCCUCCUCUCACAGCGGAGUCUCCUCUUUCUCCAGCGGAAGAGUGAAGAGAGAGAGAGAUGUCUCCGGCGGCGGCGGAGAAGAGGCGGAGACUGAGACAGAGAGGAUGUCUUCAAGAGUCAGUGAUCAAGAAGACGAAGAAGGUGUGAGUGCAAGGAAGAAACUCAGGCUUACCAAAGAACAAUCUGCUCUUCUUGAAGAAAGCUUCAAGCAGCAUAGCACCCUUAAUCCUAAACAAAAACUAGCUCUUGCAAGGCAGUUGAAUCUAAGGCCCAGGCAAGUCGAAGUGUGGUUCCAAAAUCGGAGAGCCAGGACAAAGCUGAAGCAGACAGAAGUUGAUUGCGAGUUCUUGAAGAAGUGUUGCGAGACAUUAACUGAUGAGAACAGAAGACUUCAGAAGGAGCUUCAAGAACUCAAAGCCCUAAAGCUGGCUCAGCCCUUCUACAUGCACAUGCCGGCGGCAACGCUCACGAUGUGCCCUUCCUGUGAGAGACUCAGCGGAGGCUCCGUUGCCGGAGGCGGUGGUUCCGGUGGCGGAGUCACGUCGGCGGUCGUCGACAGCGCCGGAGCCAAGGUCGCGGCCUUCUCCAUCGCCGCCAAGCCUCACUUCUUCAACCCUUUCACCAAUCCCUCCGCGGCUUGUUGAUUAGUUUCUUGCUUGAUCAUUAAUUAAUUUCUAUUUGAAGUUUU